AUGAUUAUUCUUUAAGAUUUGGAAAAAAAAGGUUUGGUAGUAUUUUUAAAGGUUUUUUAAUCAACUCUAAUAAUAAACAUUAUCAAAAGUAUUAUAUUAAAUUAUAAUAGGAAAUGAUAUUUGCCAUGAAGAGGUUAAUGGAUGCUGUUUUUGA